UAUAAUUAGUGUGUGUCUUCCUCAGCUACGCAUUCCCGACGAUGCAGAUGAUCGCCGAGGACCUGGUGUGUGUGCUGGACCACACCAAGGUCAAGCUGGUGAUCGGCCUGGGCGAAGGCGCUGGAGCCAACAUCCUGGCCAGGUUCGGUAUGGCUUACCAUGAACGCUGUAUGGGCCUCGUCCUCAUCCACUGCACCUCCACCACUGCAGGAGUCAUGGAACACUUCAAGGACAAGAUCAUCUCGUGGAAAUUGAACAACGUCGGCAUGCACCCAACGGCUGAACAAUAUCUCAUCUUCCACAAAUUUGGACACACCUUGAUGGAGCAACUGGACUCAGCCGAGAAUAAGGAACGUCUCAUCAAGGAGUACCAGGACCGCCUCCAGAGUAAGAUCAACCCUAAGAACCUCCGUAGAUACGUGGAGGCUUUCCUCAAGCGAUCUGAUCUCUCGGGGAAGCUGGAGUCCAAGCUGUCAGUAGAAACUCUUCUGGUAACGGGGGCCAAGGCAUCUCAUGUUAACACCGUGCACACUAUGCAUCAGAAUUGCAACAAACAGAAGGCAUCACUCCUCAAGAUUGAUGAUGUUGGAGAUGUUCUGGCUGAAUGUCCCGAGAAGUUUGCCCAGUCUCUGCAGCUGUUCUGUAAGGGUCUUGGUGUCCUCACCUCGUUACCUCUGAGCGGAGUGGACCGCCAACGUACCUUCAGUGGCUCGUCGACUGAUGACGAAACCCGUCCACGUCGUCAACGAACCAUGAGCAUGGAGGAAUAUGACACCCCUAACCUACGACGAUUCUCAUUCUCCUCCACCCAGACUGCUGCCAACUAAAUUUCCAUUUUGCCAUUGGAUCAUGCAGCAGACAUAGCUAAACUAUAUAGUUGCAGUCUACACUUGUGUACAGAUGGUUAUGGCUUAAAUAUUCAUGAAUUUAUAUAGGUUGAUGUUAUGAUCUUGCAGCUCUUUGUACAUAAAACAUCUCAUCAAGUUAUCAAAAUAUCACCAAACAUCUGUAAACUCAUGGCUCAGAUGUUAAACAGUUAUUACCAUCUUGUUAUGAGAACACAGUGAGGCCUUUUAUUUCCCACAGAGAAUGGUCAACCCAUGCAUCUGUUUUACUCUUUGAAGAGGUGCAUUUCACCUUCUUUAAUCUCGACUACAGUUGUUAUCUUGUUUGAUCUUGUGAGUACAGUACUGGGAUGACCAACAUUGUGGAGGAGCAUGUUCCUCUUGGGGGGCAUCCAUCGGAAACCCGGAAUGACCAUCACUAGAGGAGCAUGUGCCUCUUGGGGCAUCCACCUGGAGCCCAUAGGAAGAUCCAAAGGUUUUCAUACUGUUUGCUUGCAUUUUAGAAUAACAAUUGUUGAUACAUGAAUCCAAGUAAUACAUAUGCUGCCAGUAACCACUUCCCAGGGAUAAUCGUGUCUGGGGUAGUGUUACGUCUCAUUUAUUACAGUAGUGAGAGAUGUACAAGUUAUCCCAAUCAGCUUAUUGCAGUCAACUAGUUACUCAGUGUUUUGCACUUUGCGCUUUUGUACAGUAUAAGACCAUGAGCUUCAUGGGGCAUGUGUUAAUGAUGGACCUUUUAAAGCUCAAUUAGGCUAUGCUGGUUAUCGUGUGUACAGUAUAUACAGAUCCGAGGGUAAUAUGAUUAUUGAUGCAUUUGACACAUUUUAGGUGCACAUGUUCCUUCGUCAGUUGUUUGAGUAACUGGUGUCAACACCGGUGACUCCAAUACUGGUAAUUCUGGUACUGGUGAAUCCAGCACUUGAGUCUAAUACAGUACUGGUGACUUCUAAACUGGUGACCCAGUAAUGGUGACACCAGUGCUGGGUACUGAAGGUGAUGGCCAAAUCAUCAAUUGUUCUCACCUUUUCACUGUCAUUCACCAUUGUCUCAUAAUGUUUGCAAUGUGAUCAAACCAGCAGGAGUAAACUUGGUUGCUCAUUAAUAUGUUGCUCGUAGUUCAGGAAUAUAUACCAAGCGGGCACCAGUGGUUGAAAGCAACUGAUGUUACCUAAUGUGUAACAUCAGUUGCUUCCAACCAACAAUGCCCACUGGGAUAUAUUUCUUGUGCACUAUGUUAUUAUAAAAUGAUCUUUAUCAUAAUCUAAUGAAAUUGGAAGAUAAAAGGCAUUGUUGCUAUCAGUUUUGUGAAAUAUUCCUUGAUAAGGGUUUGGGUAUGGAAUCCAUUAACCUUCAUAAAUUGUAACAUAUUUGAUAAGCUAUGGAUUUUUUUUAAAGUAGGCCUUAAUGAAGUAAGCAGGUAUAGCCUGAAUUGUUUUGUUCUAUAUUCUUAGUCUACACACGUGUUUUAACCCCAGAAAGACAUUAUUGCCCUUUGUAUAUGCAGAUGGCUUGCACUUGCUGGUACUACCAUUUAAGAGUAUUUCAGUACUGUACUACAAUGUAAGAGUAUUUCAGUACUGUACUACCAUGCAAGAGUAUUUCAGUACUGUACUACCAUGCAAGAGUAUUUCAGUACUGUACUACCAUGUAACAGUAUUUCAAUACUGUACUACCUUUUAAGACUUAAUUCAGAAAGCUGAUUGAUGCAAUACAAGACCAGUCAAACUGCCAACCUGUUGAUACAUACUGAUUGCUUGUAGAAUUCUUGCCAGUCUGUUUACUGCAUGCCACUCAUUGAUAGUGUGUGUAAUUGACACAAAUUGACACACUUUUUAUUUCUUAAGAGAGUCAAGUAAAGAUCUGAUACAUGUCAGCAGGAAUUUAUCAACUGGCUUCUGAUGACGAAAGUACACAUCAGAAAAUGAAGAAAAGACGAUAUUUCAGUCCGCCUUGGACCAUUAUCAAGUUGCCAUUUUUUCCCCCUGAUGUGUGGUUUGGUCAUCCUAUCUUCAGCCACGUUAUUGUGACUCAUCAUUUGCGAUGGGGUGGACACAACAGAGAAUAUUUGCUCAUCUGUCUAUUUGGAAACACAGCGCAGAGAUUAGUGCUAUAUUUCUAAGUUGUUCCACUUUGAUCUUAUAGGGGUAAAUACUAUUUUCACUCAUGUUUAGCAAAUCAAAGUUAUUGUGUUUUUUUCAGUUUCUAGAUGGACAGAUUGCUGUAUAUUAACAAGAACAAAAUAUAGUUGUUUUGGUUUCACAUAUAAAUACCGUGGAAGUAACAUUAUGUGGAUCCAGUGUUUAGCAACUGGUUUGACUAAACUAGAGGUUCAGACAGUCUACCUAUGAUCUAAUGUUGAAAUAACGAUUCUUUAAGGCACAUUCAUCAGAAUUAAAAAAAUUCAAUGUUUAAUAAACAAAUUAAUUUGCUUAACAUUUUGUAUACUGGUAAUGGAUCUGCUUUCUUUUAGUUAUUUUGUUAUUGAAUAUAUAGUUUUACGAGGGCUAUGAUAGUCAUAUUUUCCGUAAUGUGUUUUGAAAGAAAAUGUACAAUAAUCACGUGUAAUACCUAUUAAUACAGUAUUUUUAUUAAAGUUU